AUCCAAAAAAAGAAUGCCAAACUCACUUUAUGUUGAUCACACUUUUAAAAGUUGACUCAUAAAAAAAAUAUUGUAUCCAAUAAUCAAUUUUGUUGGAAACCUUGUCAAACGGUCCCUUAAUUAAUUAUUCAUCCCUCUCGCAGAUUAUGGUGGCCGUGUUACGGGGUGCAUUUACUGACAGUGUGUUUGAGCUGCAACGCGGGCUGAUCCUCUCCAAGUCUCGUCUAUAAAUACUUCCAUCCAAAUCGUUAUCAGAAUCCGAUACCAAUCCAAACAAAUCAAUCACAAGAUCAUCGCUGUUCAAACCAAGCCUUUCGAUCUUGUGAAAACUGCAGAAGCUUGUACAAGAAGUGUAAAAUGGAAGGAACUGUUUUCACCAAUGCUUUGGAAGGAAUGAAAGAUGUGAAGACCGAAGAAGGGAAAAUGCUGACCAAGCCUUUUUUAGAAGUGUGCAAACAUAUAUUGCCUGUCAUAGAUAAGUUUGGAGCUGCUUUGGCCCUUGUCAAAAGUGAUAUUGGCGGUAAUAUAACAAGGUUGGAAUCUAAAUAUUCUUCAAAUCCAUCUGAAUUCAACCUCUUGUACAGUAUGGUACAAGCAGAGGUUGAAGCUAAAACAGCAAAAGGAUCAUCCAGUUAUACCAAUGGACUUCUUUGGCUGACAAGAGCAAUGGAUUUCUUGGUGCAGUUAUUUCGCAACCUGAUUGAUCAUCCAGACUGGACAAUGUCACAGGCUUGUACUGAUGCCUAUGGCAAGACACUUAAAAAAUGGCAUGGCUGGAUUGCCAGUUCAAGUUUCACUGUGGCUAUGAAGCUUGCACCGGAGAGGAAGAAGUUCAUGGAGGUGAUAGGGGGUAAAGGUGAUAUUAAUGCUGACAUGGAGAAAUUUUGCACAACCUUUUCUCCUCUCCUUGAAGAGAACCACAAGUUUCUGGCUAGCGUUGGCAUGGAUGAUCUGAAAGCUUCAUGAUGGAAGAUGGCUGCUGAAGAGUAGCUCUGGCUGCUUUCUUACCUUUUCUUUCUUCUGCUGCUGUCUUUUAAGUUCAUUAUUUUGUCAUCUUUCUAUGUAUUGUGUAAUGACUAUAAUCCUUCGAACUCUAUAAAUGACCAAUAAAUCUGGACUGCUUCCUCA